AUGAUCAAAGCUCUAGGAAGCCUCAUUGCCAGCAUUUUCGAUUCCAGGAUCGGCUUCGAUGAGACUCUCAAGGUUAUUGAUCUCGAAGAACUAAAUCGAAAGGGCUACAUCAAUCUACCAGAUUCCAACUUCCCAGUCAACCCUGAUUUUGAAGAGAAGGCACAAGAGCACGUAACUGGUGCUUUUAUCAGGAAGUUGCGCGGAUGGGAACCCAUCAUCUCUCCCAUACAUCCUAUCUUUCUCCCACGGAAAUGGAACAACGUCUCCAAGGAUGACUACGACCUCAUGAUACCUGCACUGAGGCUGGCUAGUAGGAUAUUGGAUGAACCUCAAAUCUUGACUUAUAUCAAAGGAGCCCUGAAGAAGCCUUUGAUACCUAUCAACGAUAAUGAAGCAACGAACAAGGCAGGGCAGCCAUUGUACACAUUCUCAAACGAGCCCCUCCGAGACUGGACAACGGAAGAGAUCUGGCAUAUUCUGUUUACUCUGAAAGACUGCAUCGAGUUCCAGUUCUCAGCUCAUCUACCGUUUGGAUGCAUGGCAAUGUGUGGAGCUGGAGACACAGGCUCUAUGAUUGCGAUUGGUGCCUAUUCUGCCAAAAUAACCCUGAACAACCAAUUCUUGGGUGUAUUCCGACGGAAGCUCAAGGCAAGCCAGUUCUCAAAACCAUGGAAUCCUGGUACGCAUGAUGAGUCCGCUGUUCUACGUUCACAGUUCGCAUUUGCUGUGACUCUUGUUCAUGAAGUCAUGCAUGCUCUCUGGCUUACUUCCAAUCCCACAUAUCUACAGCACUAUGCGCCACCACAACCUUCGCAAUGGGUAAACCCCGCAGAACCAUUUUACCGCGAUGGUCGAAUGAAUGAGUUGGGAGCUUGCUGGGAGACUCAUGUGUUUGGCGGCAAUGUUCACAUGUUGGGCUAUCCUCAUGGUGCUAUCAUGCCCUAUGGCAUGACCACUGUACCCUUCCCUGGCACAUGGGAGUUUUAUCCUUCGGUAAUUGAUCGCGGUAACCCAAGAAAAUGGGGCUAUGAAUGGAUGACCACAUAUCCGAUAGAGAUGAAACACAUCCGCAAGAUGUUUACUAACGAGAUGUGGGAUGAGGUCCAGAGAUAUGGCAUCAAGCGAUUGAAAAGGAAGAGGAAAUUGGGCUACAGAACUUAUACCGACAAGAAGUAUCGCGGAUUGGCACCUGGUGAGGCCGCUCUGGGUCAAGCACCCUCGCCGACUUCCAGCGUGGACAGCAAAGAAGGGGAAGAAGACCACAAAGGUGUCGUAAGACGAGAACCUCCAACAGCUACAAAAGACAACAGCUUUGUGAUCAUUGGCUAG